AUGAACACUGAACUGUUGUUUGCAGACCAGGAAAUGGAAGGACUCAAAGAAGGGGCACAGGCGCCAACCAUCCCCACGGCGGCUGUGCUGGAGCCAGGGGAGCCCGGGAAGGGGAAGCCGUUUAAGCUCCUAGGAAUUUUAGAUGUUGAAAACAUUCCCUAUGCACAGGUUUCGAUAUUAUUCGGUUCAUUAGGAUCUGUUGAGGCUGGCUUUGGACGUUUUUUGUUAACCAGUAGAAUUAGAAGAUCAUGUGAUGUUGGAGUAGGAGGAUUUAUCUUGGUGACUUUAGGAUGCUGGUUCCAUUGUAGGUAUAAUUAUGCAAAGCUAAGAAUCCAGGAAAGACUUGCCAGAGAAGGAAUUAAAAACAAGAUUUUAUAUGAAAGUAUCCACCUUGAUCCUGAAAGAAAACAAACCAACGGUGGCGGCAGCAGCAAUUGAGCAGU